CUCCGGGGCGCCGCCGUCCUCUUCACCGGCUCUUCCCUCUCUCCCGCCAGGGGCCUGGCCCUCAACGGCAGCAGGGUGGGCUGGAACCAGACGCAGCACUGCAAGCUGCUGGAGGGGCUGGUGCCCGACCAGCUCCAGCUCUGCCGGAGGAACCUGGAGCUCAUGCCCAGCAUCGUCCAGGCGGCCCAGGAGACCAAGAGCGUCUGCCAGAAAACCUUCUCCGAUAUGAGGUGGAACUGCUCCUCCAUCCGCCUCGCGCCCGCCUUCGGCCCCGACCUCAGCAAAGGGACCAGGGAAUCUGCCUUUGUCUAUGCAUUGGCUGCCGCCACUGUCAGUCAUUCCAUCGCCCAGGCCUGUGCCUCUGGAGAGCUGCCGAUCUGUUCUUGCGGAUCUUUCCCAGCUGAGGUCCCUGGGCCUGACUUCAAAUGGGGUGGCUGUGGAGAUAACCUCCGCUAUGGCCUCCAGAUGGGUUCUGCCUUUGCAGAUGGUUCCAUGAAGUCCAGCAGAUCGGGGACACAAGCUACCAGGCUUAUGAAUCUACAUAACAGUGCAGUAGGUCGACAGGUAUUGAUGGACUCCCUGGAGACCAAGUGUAAAUGCCAUGGCAUGUCUGGCUCCUGCUCAGUUAAGACCUGUUGGAAAGGGCUUCUAGAUAUGGGUAAAAUUGCUGCUGACCUCAAGGCUAAGUACCUGGCAGCCACCAAGGUGACCCACCGGUACGUGGGUACCAGGAAGCAGCUGGUACCCAGAGAACUGGACAUCAGGCCAGUGCAAGAGACAGAGCUGGUUUAUCUAGUCAGUUCUCCAGACUACUGCACAAAGAAUCCCCAGCUGGGGUCUCUGGGGACUCAGGACCGGCAGUGCAACAAGACAUCUGUGAGCAGCGACAGCUGCAAUCUGAUGUGUUGUGGGCGUGGAUACAAUGCCUACACUGAGAUUGUGGUGGAGAGGUGCCACUGCAAGUACCACUGGUGCUGCUAUGUGACUUGCAAGAAAUGUGAACGGACAGUGGAGAGAUAUGUGUGCAAGUGACAUAGGCCUUUGAGCAGCUUCUGCGGUAAGAAAUGCUGAAGGACUCUUACCCAGGCCCCUCCAGAGUCUGUCUGGUUACAGUACAUGGGAGAGGCUGUGUGACUAGAAGAAGAGCCCAGGCUUAGCAUUGCUGUGGAAGACCUCAAAUGUGCAUGUGGGGGGAAAACAGGCCUAGCGCUGUCUUCAGUCCCACCCCUUCCAGAGCAGAACAAAGGGCUGCCUCCUGGGACUCAUCUGGUUUGCUUCAAUCCUCAGUCUCCAGCUGUGGACAAAUAAUUUAUCACUUCUGCAUGCAUGGAUCCCUUUCUGCCCUGGUGAAUGGGGACCCUGGGCUGCCAUUGUUUCUUUGGGGGAGGCUUUUGAAGGUGGCCUGAAAGACAGACAUGAUGGAUAAGGAAGGGUGAUGGGGAGAGAAGAACAUGAAUGCCCCUCAACUCAACAGGGAAAAGUUGUAGGGGAAGAAAGAACUGCUGCUCUUGCUGAGGGGGCAGGUCAUGGGCAGGCACUUUUGGGACAGGGCUCCCUUGAAGGCUGGUCCAAGGCCACCAGAUGCUUCAGCUGCAGGGCAGUCUGUUCAGUGUCUUCUGUAGCAUCAAAUUUUCUCUCUAACAGUAAGACCAAGGGUGGUAACAGGUGGGCCUCAUAGCAAUUCAUUGCCCCAAGAGACAGGGUACUGUAAGAUGCUAUCCUCUGUCUCUGCCAGGUAAGGGACACUUCCUAAUAGCUGUGCUGGGCAUGGCACGAAACCUAGAAAGGAGGACCUGGAGGAUGCAGAUAUAGUGAAUGGGCUGGCAAGUUCUCUCUGCCCCUUGGGUCAGUCUUUCUCCAGGGAUAUUUCUGCAGCUGUCUCACCCUCACAUCCACGUGAUGGAGAAGCCAUGAUAGAGGGUUUACACUAGCAAUAACUCCAGGGCCUUUCUAUGGGGGUUGGAAAUGAGACGGAGUCUUUGAUCUCUCUUCUUAUUUAUUUGGUGUUUUUUAAAUAAAUAUAGUACAGCAUCUUGG